AAUUUAAGCUUAACUGCAAAAAUGCUGCAAAUAAUUGCGCUUUUGCUCACAACACUACCCUACAUCUACGGACAAAGUGCAGAACGCAUGGAAGCAGAUAAUCGUGUUUAUAUAGGUGAUUUCACGCAGCCGCCCUAUAGUAUGGGCAAGGCAGACAAUAGAAUUGCAUAUCCUUACCACAACAACUAUCUCAGUUUUCCGCCCAACAACGACAACGGUUAUCAGCCGUUCAAUCCCCAUAGUGGACCUACAACAAUGCCCAACCAACAAACACCAACUCUUGGUGGAUAUGGGGGCUGGAAUGGCCACUUUAACUAUGCACCCUUUAAUGCCUUGCAAGGUUACAACAAUUUUGGCAUAACAAGAUCAAUUGCAGUCGGCAUGUCUAGCAAUGCCAACUUCGUCCCCGUAACCCACAGCACUCAUCAGCCGAUCAUGGAUGGGCUGCAUACGAGUAUAGGCGCGGCUCUAGGCGGCAGCAUGAAUGGCAUGUCUACCUAUCCGGCUAACGGUCACUAUAAAGGCUACUAUCCGUACAACUCGCUGGGUAUUUUACAGUCAUAUAUGUAA